GUAACAGUGAAUUGAAAGUACGCCAUAAAUAUGGCGCCAAAAGAGUUUUCAAGCUGAUGAUAAGAGCUGAUUUUUUUCUGUGUUGUCUCUUUUUUCCUCUCUGGGGGUGGGGGGAGAGGUUGCAAGACAAGACCCGCCUGUGCAUUUGUGCAGAGCGGUGUGUGCACGUACACCGGGCAGAGGAGUGGAAGCGAGGCAAGGCAGCAAGUGAAGACGAGGAGAACUCAAUGUUUUAUUUUUGAAGGAGGGACGUUGCGAAACUGGCUUGCAAUCUUUUCUGACUCAUCGUUUGGAAAUAAAGCAUCCUUUUCUUUUUCCUUUUUUUUUUUUUUUACCCCUCCUCCUCCUCUUCUUGCUUCUCUCCCGUCCCCUCCUCCCCGAUCUAACUGGCACCGGAGAGGAAAACAUCGUCGGGAUUUUGACACCACGUUUGGGCUGCUUUUGCAAAAUGCGACAUGCUUUCCUGUGAGCGGUGUGUUGUGCGCACCUCGCAGCCUGCUACACUGUGAGCAGCAGCAGCAGCAGCAGCAGGACCCAGCGGCGACACCACAGUGUUUGUUGUUGUUGACUUGUAAAAAGGCUGCAACUCAAGUCUGGCUGCCACUUUUGGAUUUUAUUUCGGAUUUGGACUCUCGGCGGCCGGUCUUUGCAGAGCUGACGCGCUGUCAACACGCACCGCGAGGGGAAGGGAAGGGAGGGGAAGGGACAAGUCCUGUCACCCAACGUGGAUCCACAGUCGGGGCUGUUUAGCAGCACUGCUAGCAGCCUGCCAGGGGCACUGAGUGGGCAAACUGCUAAACCCUCCACUGUACAACUACAUGUGCCUGGCUCCCAAUGAUCUCCUAAUCUCUGGAUAUCGCCCACCGUCCAGGACUGUGGACGUCUCUGCACCCGAAGCUGACUGCGAUCAAGAUGGAGAGCGAAAAGAAGAGGAGAAAAUACUCCACGAGCAGCAACGACUCCGACACCACCGACAGUCAGGUGACGUCGUGGUCCAGGUCAUCCAAGAACACGGGCACCAGCAGCACAUGGGUCCGCCACCAGCACAAGAAACCAUCAGAGGUAUUUCGUACAGAUUUCAUCACGGCCAUGAAGCUGCCAGACUCGGCCCAGCUCGGCCCGGACGACUUCUACGUGCUCUCAGACCCUUGGAGACAAGAGUGGGAGAAGGGAGUGCAGGUGCCUGCCAACCUGGAGGCCAUACCAGAACCUGUGGUCAGGUUGCUGCCGACUGAGUCAACAGGCAGUCUUUCCAACAACAGGCCGGAGAUGGAGAGCAGCACCCAGCCUCCUCCGUCCCAACGCUACAGCUGCUAUGACCUGGAUGACCUGGAUGUUGCAUGGCUGGAGCUGGUCAACCACGAGUUCAGACAGAUGGCGUUACCAGAGCUAGACGAGCUGACGAUGGAAUGCGUCCUGGUAGAGCUAGAGAGCGUGUGUGAUGAGAAGAUGCGGCAGGCCAUCGAGACAGAGGAAGGCCUGGGCAUUGAGUACGAUGAGGACGUGGUCUGUGACGUCUGCCGCUCGCCAGAGGGAGAGGACGGCAAUGAGAUGGUCUUCUGUGACAAGUGCAACGUCUGCGUUCAUCAGGCGUGUUACGGCAUCCUGAAGGUCCCCCAAGGGAACUGGCUGUGUCGGACCUGCGCUCUGGGAGUCCAGCCUAAAUGUUUGCUCUGCCCUAAGAGAGGGGGGGCCCUCAAGCCCACCCGCAGUGGAACCAAGUGGGUCCACGUCAGCUGUGCCUUAUGGAUCCCUGAGGUGAGUAUAGGCUGUCCAGAGAAGAUGGAGCCCAUUACCAAGGUGUCCCACAUCCCCGCCAGCCGCUGGGCUCUGUCCUGCAGCCUGUGUCGAGAACACACAGGAACCUGCAUACAGUGCUCCAUGCCCUCCUGUAUCGUGGCCUUCCAUGUGACGUGCGCCUUCGACCACGGCCUGGAGAUGAGGACCAUCCUGGCAGAGAACGACGAAGUGCGCUUCAAGUCCUUCUGCCUGGAGCACAGCUGCACCGCAAGCAACAGCAGUGCAACCAACAACAACUUCUCCAGUUUGACCAGUGUGAGCAACGGCAACCACACAACCACUUCCACCACCAACGGAGCACACAGCACAGCCAGACCCGACUGGGCCACCACCGGCGCCAGUUCUGAGCUCCGGCCGGACCAACAGCACCAGCCAAACAACAGCGGUGACCCGGAGCAGAGGUCGGUAUUGUACCCGAUUUCGGUGUCGACAUCAGAGAGAGCUGAGCGGGACCAGCUGGAGAGGGAGAAAGUGAGCCAGAGGAAACAGAAGCUGCAGGAGCUGGAGGAUGAGUUUUACCAACUGGUGGACCCCAUUGAGGUGGCUGAAAACUUGGCGCUGCCCGUCUCCCAGGUGGACUUCUUAUAUCAGUUCUGGAAGAUGAAGAGGAAGGCCAACUUUAAUCGACCUCUGGUGACCUUAAAGAGGGACGAGGUGGACAACCUGGCCCAGCAGGAGCAAGACGUCCUCUACAGACGCCUCAAACUCUUCACACACCUGCGACAAGACCUGGAGAGGGUGCGUAACCUUUGCUACAUGGUGACGCGGAGGGAGAAAAUGAAACACACCCUUUGCGACCUCCAGGAGAAGAUUUUCCACCUGCAGAUACAACUACUGGAAGAGGACAUUGCUGGAGAGAAAACCCAGAAGGGAGAAAAGAGGAAGCAGAAUGGAGUGAAGGAGAAAGGGAAGGAGAGGAGGAAGAGUAGUCCUGAGAAGAAAAAGGAGAGAUUGAAGCCAGAGAACGGCUCCCUGCUAAAAGAGCUAGGUUUGUCAAAGUCCUUCCCGUUGGACAACUCUUUGUUCGACAGCUGGCUCGCCCAGUCGGUUCAGAUCACCGCUGAUGACAUGCUGAGCCAGUGGGCUCUGGGUGCCCAGCAUCGGGACAAGAGCGGCAGUCUGCUGUCUGACCAGCUCCUGCAAGGCGAGGAAAGUCUGCUAAACCUUAUGAUGGAAAACUCCAUGCAGUCCACCUGGAAAACACCACAGCUGGGCCGCAAACCGCGAGGGGGCAACAAGCCCCGAGCUCGUGGACACCCGCAACCCACCACCCCCACCCUUCCCCAGACAGUCCUGUCUGCUGCAGCCGACUCCGCCGCCAGCAGCCCCUCCACCGCAAAGAGCCUCUGGGCAAGCGUGGCAGAGGAAAAGCCCAGCCAUGGGGGCCGGAAAGGGGAAAGGUCCAGGGGCUCCUCCAAGGCCUUGCACCACCACCACCUUCAUCACCACCAGACAAGGAGCUCUGACAUGCACAGAGACCCACCACCGCAGCCACCCAUCUCCAAAAUGGAUUCCUGUCACAUCUCGGAGGAUCGCGGCCCUUGGGACAGCGUCUACGCAGGGAAUGGCGUUGCAUCUGGUUUCACUGCAAGCUCAUCUCCACGUCCAGCCUCCAGCCCCGGGGCCACGUUGCCUGACACAGGGGCAAUCACUCGAGGCGGGGGUGCGCGGCUCCGUCUGUCCCGCCAGGGUAAAUCCAGAGGUAGGGGCGUUAGUGGAGGUGGAGGCAUAGCAGGGCUGGAGUCUGUGAGCCUGCCGCUCACAGCAAAGGACACGUCCCUGCUGGAUGCUGCCGAGACUGACGGGUACUUCUCUGAUGGCGAGCAGAGUGAUUCGGACACGCGCUCUGGAGGACGCAAACUCCGCUUGCCGCAGUUGCAUUCUGGGAACGAGGACCUGCUGAGAAGGAGCGUGCUGGCAUCCUAAAGAACUGAGACUCAAACCAACACACACACACACACACACACACACACUCACACACACACAGUUAACCAAGCAAAGUUCCGCUGGCUUAUUCUUUCUCCAUCUGUGCCCAAUAUACAGUCCACAAAACAUGGCUGGACGGCCUUGUUCAACCAAAUCCCUGUCACAUAUACCAGUGGAAAAUCUCUUCAGCUCUCACCUGCUUUGUUUUGGGGGGGAAUUUGAAUGUAGCUGUUUGCCUGUCGUACAGUAAAGCUUCUCCACCGGACUGUAGUUUGUCGUUAGCUUACGACAAGAUGCGAUACAUUCAACAAAUAGGAAACAAACAUUACCUUUAGUCCUUUUUUUUGUUUUGUAUUUCAGAUUCAUUUUGUUUCUGGGCGUUGAAGUACCCAUUUCUGGCCUCAUGUCUGUGGUAUCUGCCAGACUUGGGAACAAACACUUUGGGGCAUUAUUAUUAUUAUUCAAGCUGGUUUCAGGGUCUGCUUUGCUCCUGGUCUUUGUGGCCUGAGAUGCAUCCAAUGAGUCCUUGUUUUCUUGAAUACCGUUCAGUGGAAAGACAAUUUCACACCAGAGCUGGUCUGAAUAUGUACAGAGAGUGACAUGGGAUAACGUGUUCAGCCUUGAAAAGCACAACUAGCUAGUCAUAAGAGCUGUAAUGUAAGCACUCGUGUGUAUAAUAUGUGCUCGAUCAGGGUUGGGGUCAAUGCUUAUCAUGUUGACUCAGUUGCGAAAUGUGCUCCACAAAAGUCAUCAUUCUCAAAUUUAUCUCCACAGACGUAUAAAAACAACCACAGAUUUUCAGCUUUUCCAGUUUUUUAAUGGCAAAUAGAUUGACCCCAACCUUGCUGCUCAUUCAGAUUGUCACACAGAGACACAAACACACAGACAUACUGAUACACAUACUACUUUAAGCAAAUCCCUUUGCUCACAUCACAGCCGUUGUUGAAAUAUUUGAUCUGACAAUUGUCAGCUGCUUUCAAAUUCUUCCUAAUUCUGAGUUCAGUUUUUUUUUUUUUUUAUUAGCCUGAAUCUUUGGAGAAAAAAAAAUCAUCGUAGAAACUCUGUGCCUUCUGUCGCUUGCCCUGUGCCCCUGCCUCCCCUCAACACCCCCCAUGCCCCCCCCUCAACCUUAUCAAUCAACCAAACAAUCACAAUCACUAAGUAGAUCAAUCAGUCGUUUCUCAAUCGGAUUUGUAACAAUCAAACCAAAAGGAAAUCCCGUUGGAUCGGCUGCCACGUGUAGCCAGGAUUGGGCUCCUUGUCACCUUAACAAUUGUCUAGUGCCUGAAACAAGGAUGUAAAUGCAGCGUUUGCCAUUAAUCAACAAAGCAUCUGCAACGGUUAGCAAAGCAGAGCCACAGCGUACUAUCAGUGCAAAGAGCUGCCUACUGUUCUGUGCCCCCCACUCCUUCCUUACUAGAUCACUGCAGUCCAGAGCCAUCGAUGAACAGGGUUUGGCCAGGUUACACCGUGGGCGCCAUGUUGCUGCCUCUUCUUGAGAGAGCUGACUGCAACAGUAGAUACAUAUGGAGGAAGGACAAACACAGCCUGCCAGCGGCUCCCAUUCAAAACAAGUCUUGUAGAUUGGUGGCUGUGAAGCCCCCAGCAGCAGGGCCAGGAUUUGAAGCCAAUUUGACAGAGUAGCCAAACCAUGGAAUUACAACUUCUGGGUCCUUCAGGUGAUGUCAUGUGGCCCAAAAAGACUUACAUCUGUAAAUCAGUGGACUCAUUUUUUGAGCAUGACAACCCCUACGAAAUGACUCAUUUUACUAUUGAAAUUUGAUCCUUUUAGUCCCAAAACAUCUCUAAAGUUUAUAAGAGCCACAUGAUUAAAUCAUUUUAUCCCCAUUCAAGCUAGCAGAGGGCUUAACCGGAAGUUAGCCACUUAGUUUUCAGUUCUCUUUAUACGUCCAUUUUGGCCACAACUGCUUGUCAGUUUUUGUUUUGUUUUUUUUUUGUGUAGCCAGCUUUCUCUCACAGUGGUCAGCUCAGUGGUAUGAAUCAGUAAUGCUUCAUUAGUCGAGUUUAUUGUGUAAAAAUCUGUCUAAAUUUUGAGCAAAACUGAUUGAAUUGAUCAGGCAAAACUGGAGAAAGUAUGUGACAGAAUAAUCUCAACUCAAAAGGUCUAAUUACUGGCUUUAUCAGAACUUUUCUCCACAACUCAUCUUGGCUGGUUCAGGUGUCGUCAUGUAGAAAAACAAGUUUUAUGAGCAUCCUAGAAAAUAUAAUUACAUAGUUGUUCUUCGUCCACAUUAUUAGAUUGUUUUUAAGAAGCAAAGCCCUCAAAAGUUACAGUUAUUUCUUGUUACGACAGUAAGUGACACCCCCAGUGCUCACAGUGCAGUGUACAGGCAUGAAGAGAGUCACAAUUUAUCUCAUCCAUGUGUAUCUAUGCAGUUUAUAAUAAUGGUUUAGUCAUAUGUUUUAUUCAGCUAAGCACUGAGCGGGGCGCCAACACGGUUGCCACCUAAGUUUGACGUGGCCACACUCUCGUAAGUGAUGGCUCUGCUGCACCUGUUCUCCUGUUAGAUGAAUGAUGACAAUGUAAUAAUCAGCUUCAGAGGCCUGCGCUCUUCAGUUCUGGAAUUGAGUUGUUUGUAAAUUUGUUUUAAACAAAAAUA